AUGAAUAAAACACUAGAAAGAAAUGAAAGUGGAACUGUAAUUAUGAAUUUAAGAAAUUUAAAAAUAAUUUGUGAUAGAAAAGGCCUCUAUUAGACCCCUGAAAAUAAUGAUACUAUAUAUUUACACUACUAAGGUAUAUUAUGGUUAUUAUUUUUAGGAUUUGAUAAAAUUCAAAAUCUAGAACCUUAUAAAAAUUUAGUUGCAUUAUGGUUAAAUAACAAUGCUAUUGGAAAAAUCGAAAACUUAGACGAACUAACUUAACUUGUUAGUCUAUAUUUAAAUCAUAAUUUAAUUUAAAGAAUUGAAAAUCUCUAAUACCUAACGAAUCUAUGUACAUUAAACAUUAGUCAUAAUUCAAUCAAGAAAAUAGAAAACUUAAAAGGAUUAAAUAAGCUAUAAAAUUUAAAUAUUUCCAAUAAUCAAUUAUGUGGUUAUGAAUCAUUAGAAGGUUUAAUGGAAUGUUUAUCAAUUACUAAUUUAGAUAUUUCUAAUAAUUUUAUAGCAUUUGAAAGAUGUAUUUUAGAAAUUUUUGGAAGCACAAAUAUAGCUUGUUUAUAUUUAAAAGCAAAUUCAUUUGGUAUAAUUUUAAAUUAAUAUAUAAUUAGUAAGAGAAUGUCCAGAUUAUAGAAAGACUAUGAUAGUGAAAAUGAAAAACCUUAAGUAUUUAGAUGACAAACCAGUUACUGAAGGAGAAAGAAGAAUUAGUGAAGCUUGGUCAAUCGGAGGUAAAACAGCAGAAUAAUAAGAAAGAGCUGCUCAAAUUGAAUUAAAGAGAGAAAUCAAUUAUUAAAAUUAUCUUUAAACAUUAGAAAGACAACAAAAAGGAGAAAUGAGGAGCAAUUUUAUUACUCAAAAAGAUAAUAUUUUAAGAGAAAUUAAUUUAUUAAAAAUUUUAUUAGUUGAUGGAGAUGAUGUGUAAAAUUAACUUGAAUAAAAAGAAACAGAAUUAAAAAAUAUUGAAAUAGAACUAUAGAAAUUUAAAAUAGAUGAAUUGAAUCCCUAUUAAUGUAUGUUAACAACAAAAGAUGAAAAUGGAAAUAUAAUAAUCUUAAAUAAAUCAGAAGAAGUAAAAAUUAUGUUUUAUGAACAAGGAAUUAAAAUAAAUAAGACAAAAAUGUUUUUAUGAUGAUGUCCAUAAUUUGAAAGAGACAGUUUUUUAAGACAUACAAAAUGUUAAUGAUUAAAAAUCUGAUUUGGAAAAUUCGGAAUAAUUAAAUAAUCCAAGUUUAGAUUAGCAAGUUAAUUACGAUAAAAUAUCAGAAGAUCCAAAACUCUAAAUUAUAAGAGAAUGGAAAAAUUAAAAAGAUGGAUGGACAACUGAAAAUUAACAACUUCUAAAAAAUUUACUUAUCUAUCAUUAGUUUAACUUUUAGAUUGUUAGCGAUGAAAUUAAAAUCAAGAUGGCCGAAUAAAAUUCAAACUUAAAUUACUUGAAUCCUGAAGACAUUAAAGUAAUAUGGACUUAUAUGGAACUUACCAGAAAUAAAAAUCAGUAGCCAUAAAAUUUAGAUGGUAUUGAUUGA